UUUAAGGCUGACGUUAUGGCUAACCGACGUGCCGUUCACCUAUGGGAUGAAAACCAAGGAAAGCUCCAUGACAUGGAAAAAGUUUGGACAACCCUGAUUUUAUGCCAUCCUCAGGAAAGAAGCCAAAGUCCAUCCCAGACGGAUGAAGAUGGACCUGAGGAGUCUGGACAGGAGAUUGUAAGCCCUGAAGCCUACAUCAAACAUCCUCUCCAGAACAGAUGGUCCUUGUGGUUCUUCAAGAAUGACAAGAGCAAAACAUGGCAAGCCAACCUGCGACUCAUCUCUAAAUUCGACACUGUUGAAGAUUUCUGGGCUCUCUAUAAUCAUAUCCAGUUGUCAAGCAACCUCAUGUCAGGCUGUGAUUACUCCUUAUUUAAGGACGGCAUUGAACCCAUGUGGGAGGAUGAGAGAAACAAGCGUGGCGGCCGCUGGCUGAUCACGCUCAACAAGCAGCAGAGGAGAUUAGACCUGGACCGCUUCUGGCUUGAAACCCUCCUGUGCUUAGUUGGAGAGGCUUUUGAUGACUACAGUGAUGACGUUUGUGGAGCUGUGGUCAACAUUCGCACAAAAGGAGACAAAAUAGCUGUCUGGACUUCAGACUAUGAGAACCGCGAAGCUGUGACACACAUAGGGCGGGUUUACAAAGAGCGUUUGGGGCUUCCCAUGAAGAUGACUAUUGGCUACCAAUCCCACACAGACACGGCUACCAAGAGCGGUUCAACCACCAAGAACAAAUUUGUCGUUUGAGAGAUACCCUAAGUGCCUCGUUCAUUUUCUUGUCUUACAUGUUGUUGGUGCAUAUGUUUACUUUGCUGCAAAGACUCUGCGCAAUGCAAUCUGGAAGGGAUCCCAACCCCAGACUACAUGACAGAUGUUUCCAUAACUAGCCCAGGGCUUAAACUACAGGAAAAGGCCCAUGGAAAACAGAUGCAUUUUCCAAAACACUAGCAAUGAGAGUUAUUAAAAGCGGAUGAGACUGAGAGUGCUGCAUACUCUAUUGAAGAAAUUUGUGUUGAUUUUUUUUCUGUUUUAAAAUUCAGGUAAUCCUGAAAUGCGAAAAAAUGUACAUUUUUGUCCCAUGUUCUACAGCAUCACUGUUUGCUGUAAUCUUUAGUAGCGUGAAAUCCUUUUAAUUUAUUAUUAAUUUUUCCUGCAUAUAAUUAGAUUUACUCUUGUUUUAUGCUUUUUUGCCUUGAACUGUUGCACGUAACCAAUCUUUUUAAAGUAUUUCAUUACUUAUAUUCAUUUGAGUGUUAAUAUAAUUAAA